AAGUUACUCCUGCUUUUCAUCUAACCCAAUUGUUAGAAGAAAAGAUUUAUUCUGUUAAAAACCCAAACCUAAACGUAAACCUUGAACUUACCAAAGACCAACAUGAUCAAGCCAACCAACUCCUAAUGGAAAACAUUAAUAUUUUCUCAGAAAAUAUCUUAGAAGAUAGACAAUCCAAAGAAUUAGGACAAACUGAUAUUAUUUAUGUUUUCCAAAAACAAAUUCCAGUCUCUAAAAUUGAAAAUGAAGAAGUUAAAAUCUUCCAUUUAACUGCUAUGGAGGAU